ACCGUCCCCAAACUUCUCCUAUUUGACAACAAUACACUCCAAACGCUAACCGCUUCUCACAUUCUCUCUCAAGUCUCAACAAAUGGCUGGAAGAGGCAAGAACAUCGGUGCAGGCGCCCAUGCCAAGAAAGGUGUUUCUCGAAGUAGUAAGGCUGGUCUCCAGUUUCCCGUCGGAAGAAUCGCCCGAUUUCUAAAAUCUGGCAAGUAUGCAGAACGUGUUGGUGCUGGUGCCCCCGUUUACCUCGCCGCUGUCCUCGAAUAUCUUGCUGCUGAGGUAUUGGAGCUAGCAGGAAACGCUGCAAGAGACAAUAAGAAGACCCGUAUUGUACCACGUCACCUUCAAUUGGCGGUGAGAAAUGAUGAGGAACUAAGCAGACUUCUUGGCGAUGUAACCAUUGCCGCUGGUGGAGUUAUGCCCAACAUUCACAACCUUCUUCUCCCAAACAAACCUACCAAGACUCCUCGUGAAGAAGAGUAAACUAUGAGGAUAAAAGACAGUUUUAGAAUCUUGUAGAUACGAAAUGACUACUCAUCUUAUACUUUCUUUUUUGAUCUGGGGUUCAAUACAGGUUAGUUAGGGUUUAGCUUCAAGAUUCUACUUCGUUCAAUUUUAAUUUUGUUUUCAGAUUUAGAAGUAGUCGGUACUAAUUCAGUUAACAAAUUUCUGGAAAUGAAGUAAAUUUGAAAUUUUUGCAUUUGUUGAUUCAUCUUGUUUGCUUGGAAUUCAAUUUGGAUGGAAAUUGAAUAAAUUCGUUUGAUAUUGGUCCAGAGUAAUAUUCCGUGGAUAUGUUCAAAGUUCAUAGUUCUGUAUUCCAUUUUUGUUUGUCACGUAUGUAGAAUACGGCCAGAUUCAGUGAAAAUUUUUGAAUGAUGUAAUAAGCUUGCGUGGUGCGCCUAAUGAUCAUGCAUUUAAAGUGUCUCCAGGUUGAAGACUUAUCCCCAUUGGUUGCUUAAUGCCUAUAAACUAAUCAAAAUUCUAAAUCUUUUUUUUAAUGAUUUUUAUUUUUAUUAUUGAUGGUGAGCAAUAUUUACUCCUAUUACGAUUUAUGAGUGUUGAGUACUCAAAUGGAAAAAAUCUCACCCUAUGAGUGAAAUAACACUCAAACCUAAGACAUGGAUCCUGUGAAAUUUUCAUGCU